CGGUGUGUGACACAGUGGACUUUUGUUGUACAGUCUACUGUCUGCUCCACAUGCAUGUUAGGUGUAGGGGUUAAAUGUGUAGAUUAUAAAGUAUCGGUAUUGUGAUCGACGAACGAAUAUAGGAACUGUAAUCCGAAAUGGAUUACAAGGAUGAGCAGAUUAAUGAAAUCGAAGCCCUUGAUUCCAUAUACUGUGGUGAUAUGGAAAUUAUAGCCAAGCAGCCUUUCUACAAAUUUUCAAUUCCAAUUAAAUCUGAAGAAUAUGAACUUGACACAAAGAAUGGAUUAGCAUGUAGAUUAGAAUUCACGUACACAGCGAAAUAUCCCGAAGAGCCAUUGAUCAUUGAUGUGGAGGAUCAAGAAAACUUCGAAGAUGGAGAUAAAGAUAAAAUUAAAGAACACUUAGCAGAACAAAUGAACGAGAACCUUGGUAUGGUCAUGGUUUUCACAUUAGUUAGUGCUGCGCAAGAAUGGCUCAAUGUCCAAUGGGAUAAAAUAAAGAUGGAUAGGGAACACAAAGCAGCUUUGAAAUUAAAAGAAGAAGAAGAAGCUGAAAGGAAAAGAUUCGAAGGUACAAGAGUUACUGUUGAAACGUUUUUGACGUGGAAAGAAAAAUUCGAUGAGGAGAUGGGAAUUACAAAGCGACGAGAAAUUGCUGAACGAGAGGGAAAGAAAUUAACUGGCAGAGAAUUAUUCAUGACAGACAAAACUCUAGAUCAAUCAGAUUUGAAAUUCCUAGAUGAUGGAGAUGCUGUCAAGGUAGAUGAAAGCCUGUUUCAGAACCUGGAAGAUCUUGAUUUAGAUGAUGACGAUGAUCCAGAUUUUGAUCCGAACAACUUAUCAGACGAUAGUGCCUAGCAAUAUCAAUUGUAGCAGAAGAACUGUAUUUGGUAAUUGGAAAGCGCUCCCAACAGUGAUCAGUGCUAACAGAUCCACUCAUAUGAGGAACAAAUCCAGAGAGAGACUACAAAACGCAUUUAUGCUUCGUGACUGAGGUGUUCUAAAAAAACUGUACAUAGCUGGAUAUUUUACGUUAACAAGGCUUUGUUUACUGGUA